CUCCCACUCCACUGGGCCGCGAGGAAGUCGCAAGAUGGCUGAUGUCGCUUGGAAGUAAUGUUCCCCUCUGCAACAUGAAGCCGUGAGUGUGGAAGAAAGCGAGGGAGGCACCAUCGGGCUUUUAUUUUUGUUUUCUUUUAGUUACUUUUCUUUUAUUUCGUCAAACAUCCAUCUCAUUCCGCGUCGUGUCCGCCCCGGACUUGUCUUCGGGAGUUGACGCGUCAAAUCACGCCGGGGACCCUGCCAGCAGCUAACAUCAGCUAGCCACACAGUUAGCAAAUAUUAGUUCAGCUAGCCACUCUUGCCAGGCAUACUGCUUGUUAGUUUGUUUUAAUUUAUAUUUUGACAACUGCGAGACACCAAGCUACUGCUACACAUGUGCUAAAAAUCCCCGAGGUAAUGCAGAAUCAAUGUCAAAUAUUUCAGCUGUCAGAUAAAAAUAACGAUUUGGAAGGUGCUCGGUUUAACAUCAUGUCCGCGAACUGGCCAUCCAGUCUGGGGGUUGCUAACUAAUGCGCAGUAUUGCAUAUGUUUCAUGUGCACACACCAGCAACAUAAUUAUUUUGUAGUCAUUUCUCAAUAUUAUACGCCACCUUUCUGCAUUUCCGUUAUUAGCUACCAAUUACAUUUGGAAGCUGCUUAUGUUAAAGGAAAAUUAUGGGCGCAGGGAAUAUGGUGAACUUUUUCUGGCUGUAGGUAGCUACACUGGCCUUGUUGGCAUCUCACCAAAAAUCCACAGAGAUGGACACUAAACUGAGCACACACGACCAAAACUAAGAAAUUGGCAUUUCGGUAACUUGUGAUUCUCAACAAUAACUGAAACACUUGUACGACAGUGCGCGGUGACUCGUUUCACUAGUCUGGGUGACAGAGAAGUUGUUUUGCAGGGUUAACUUAACUACAGUAAGUCACUACAUCGGAGACGAGUUAGCUUGCCAGAAGUGCACAGCUAGCUACAGUCUCGCCCAACAUCACAUUACAAACACGGCGUACAGAACGUAUUCAGAGCCCGCUCCCGGCCAGACACAUAGGCUCAAUAACACCGUCAUGGGAGUCCAGGGUUUUCAAGAGUAUUUAGAGAAGCGCUGUCCCGGGGCCGCAGUCCCGGUGGACCUCCUGAAGCUUGCUCGUACAGCGGCCCGCCAGCCCCCUCACCAUCAUCACCCACACCACCACCCACAUCACCCCGGGCCCAUGCCUCCCCCGCCCCCGCCUGCUAGGAUCCUAAUCGACGCGGACUCCGGCCUGCAGCGCCUCUACGGCGGCUACCAGACGGACUGGGUGUGCGGGGGCGAGUGGAACGCCAUGCUGGGCUACCUGGCCGCCCUGUCACAGGCCUGUCUGUACCAGGGUGGCUUGGAGCUUGUCGUGGUUUUCAACGGCACACUAGGGAAGGAGCGCUGGCCCGAGUGGGCGCGGCGAGCUCAGGGCCAGCGACAGACGGCGCAGCUGAUAGUCAACCACGUCGGCAGCAAGGCCACCCCGCCUCCCCGGGCAUGGUUCCUGCCCCCGGCCUGUCUCAGCCACUGUGUCCGCCUCGCCAUGUUCCGCUUCAGAGUGCGGGUUGUACAGACUUUGGAGGACCACCACCAGGAAGUGCUGUCCCUCUACAGGGACUAUGGAUUUGCUGGCCUGAUUGCUCAGGAUUCUGAGUUUGCCCUCUGCAAUGUACCUGCCUACUUCUCGUCACACGCACUCAAACUGAGCUGGAAUGGCAAAAACCUGACCACACAUCAGUAUCUGCUGUCUGAGGCCGCCAGGCAGCUCGGGCUUAAGACACAGCACCUGCCCUGCUUUGCUGCUCUGCUGGGAAAUCAUAUUCUGCCUGAUGAGGACCUGGCUGCCUUCCACUGGAGUCUGCUGGGACCAGAACACCCACUAGCUUCUCUCAAGGUGCGAGCCCAUCAGUUGGUGCUGCCACCUUGUGAGGUGGUGAUCAAGGCCGUCUCAGAGUAUGUCUCGUCCAUCAAAGACCUGGGAAACCUCGAUGCCAUCGCCAGAGAUGUCUUCAAACAGUCACAGUCACGUAUGGAGGAUAAGGUGGAACGGUUUAAAAAAGCUGUGGAGUAUUUCUCAGCUGCCUCAAAACCACGCUCACCCAACAUGGGGCCCUCUUUCAUUUUACCUGGGUUUGGACCCAGUCCAUUCGGGGGACCACCUGGCCACAUGGGACCGAUGCAGCCUGGAAAGAAUCAGUUCCCUCCUCCCCAGGUUCCGGGGUUAAAGCAACCCUUUCAAAAUGCUCCAUAUGGACCUGGCUCCACCCCUCUGUUCCAGACCCCUCCACCACCGUCGCAAGACUGCAACGAUUCACUGACAGGCAAGAUGGGUUUAUCUGACUGGUCAGCUCCAUAUGAUUCCACUCAGGGGGGAAGUCGAUUACCCAAUCACCACACCGGCACACAGUCUGGUCCCUCUCCCUCUCCUUCCUCGUCAUCGGAUGGAGAUGAACCCAAUGACAGCAAUGCAAACCAUUUGACGGACAAGCCCUCACGGUGGGAGGAUCCCACUGGAAGGGGGGGUUCAGCCUCUGGGGAUGGUUCCCAAGGCAACGGGAGCGGGUCAAACAUUCCGUCACUGCUGUCUAUGGCGACGCGGAGUCACAUGGACAUAACCACACCCCCUUUGCCUCAGGUUAGUGCUGAGGUGCUUCGUGUAGCCGAACACAGACACAGAAGAGGACUGAUGUACCCCCAGAUUUACCACAUAUUGACCAAGGGAGAGAUGAAGAUGCCAGUGUGUAUAGAGGAUGAGUGUAAUUCUGAGCUGCCUCCUGCCUCUCUGCUGUUCCGUGCUGCUAGACAGUAUGCCUAUGGUGUCCUCUUCAGUCUGGCUGAAACACACCGCCGCCUGGAGAGGUUAGCCCUGAGGAAGAGAGCUCCUCUGGAGGUUCCUCCAGUGAUUGUCAAAGAGUGGAGCAGCGGCAAGGCCAAGUCAGCCCUGACUCCGGAGCUGGUCCCAGCCCUGUGUUUCCGGGAAUGGACCUGCCCCAACCUGCGACGGCUGUGGUUGGGUCGUGCCAGUGAGGACCGCUCCAGGAGAACCAGGGCCUUCCUGGCCUGCCUUCGCUCUGACUGCCCCGCCCUCCUCAACCCAGCACAGGUCCCACAGCAUCUGCUGCUCAUGUGCUGUGUGCUCAGGUAUAUGAUGCAGUGGCCUGGAGGAAGGAUCCUCCAGAGACAUGAGCUAGAUGCCUUUCUCGCCCAGGCCGUUUCCAGCCAGCUCUACGAACCCGACCAGCUACAGGAACUAAAGGUGGAGAAGGUGGAUGCCCGCGGCGUGCAGCUGGCUGCUCUCUUUAUGGCCGGCGUUGACACAGCACUGUUCAUCAACGAUGUAUGUGGACAGCCGUUGCCAUGGGAACACUGCUGUCCCUGGGGCUUCUUUGAUGGCAAACUGUUUCAGAGCAAACUGGCUCGGGCUGCCAGAGACCGGGCUGCUCUGCUGGACAUGUGUGAGGGACAGGAGGAGCUGGUGUCCAAAGUUGAGAAAAUGCGUCAAGCGAUCCUCGAGGGCAUCAACCUAUCUCGCCCUCCUCCACCUCCUCCACCACUUCCACCUCCUGCCUUUCUACCCCCUGCCAUGGUGCCCCCUUUUUACCCCAUGCCUCCUCUCUACCCACCACGCCCCAUGGGCGGCAUGCCCCCUCAUCAUCACCCUCAUCAUCCACAUCACCCAGCUCAGCACAGACCCAGAGCCUUUCCAGGCAUUCAGUCCAUCCCUCCACAGGGAGGGAAGCUGGAGAUAGCCGGCAUGGUUGUAGGCCAGUGGGCUGGGAACAAACCAGUUCGUGGCAGAGGGUUCAACAUGCAGGUGGUGUCAGUUGGAGCAGGAAAAGGAAGGGGUAAAGAAAUUCCAGCUAAAUUAAGGGGAGGAAAAAAGGCAACUGGCAACAGAACACAGUCGUCGUCAUCCCCCCCAUCCAGCAGUCCCCCAAAGUCCUCAGAGGAGGCGGGCUCCACGCCAGACAUUGCGACUCAGCAGCUGAACGGCAGCUCAGCAGCCUCCGCCAUCGGCCAGCCCUUGGACCUGGCUCCCCUGGCCCAGCCAAUCCCAUGUGCCUUAGCCAGCAGAGACAACCAAUCAGAGGGGGUGGAAGUGGAGGCCCCCUGUUGCCUUGACGACUGCCCGUCAGACGGAGCGCUACAGAAGGAAGAGUGAUAGCAUCCUUAUCAGGAUGCACUGCUCUGAGAGAGUUAUCUGUGUUCGACUGCCUUUCCCUGUUUUUGUAGCCCUUCCGGCUAGCUGCGCACAUCAUCACAUGGAGCAGGAAGUGACACCAGGUCCCUCUAUGAGGCCCCCACCAUCCUUGCUGCUCCAUGUGGUCAGCUAAAGCAGUUAGCUGUUACUCCCUUUUUAGUUUUCUCAUGUGGUUUUACAUUGUUUUAUGAAGAGAGGUUUUCUCCAUGAGUAUGUAAGCGCCCCACCCCUCAAAAAUCCUGAUUGCCACCCCCCCUCCCUACUUAAGUAAAAUAAGCUUGAAGCCCCGCUCCCAUUACACCCCAUGACUUUAAUGAGCCCCCUCUUAAGUAUAGGUGUCUGUACAGUUAUAGGUUCUUAUUUAGUGUUUUUAACGCUCCCCUUGUUUGAAUCUCUGCACAGCUAAAGUUAAGUUUAUGGUGACAGUUUGGAUGUGGUUUCCAUGGUUACAGCAUCUAGGCCUGGUUGCCAUGAUUGGCAGUUGUGUGUUGAAGUGGACUGUUGCCAUAGCCAUCUCGUGUAAGGUGUGCCUUGCAUGAGUUCAGAGAGUUGUUCUGGAUUCAAAGGAACAAUGUGAUUUACCAUUCUUCUGUGCAGUGUCCCUUGUCCCCCUAUUCAGAGGGCUAGCCACCAUACUCAACACACUGGGUUAGUAUGUGUGCUAGCAACAAAGCCCUUUAUAGGUUGAUUGGUUAUCUGUCACUGGAGGACUUCUGCACCAUCAUGGUAUUAUGCUGCAUUCCAGAAUGCUGGGGGGUAGAAUAUAUCUUACUUGGUUUUAACUGCAUCCCACCUCAAAGUAUUCCAGAUGAUCCAUGUUGAACAUAAACAGCAACUAUGGAGAUUGCAAAUCUAAGCUCUCAUUUGUUUUGUUACUGAAGAGACAUUUUGACUGUCGACAGUCCAGUGUUCUCAUAUAUACAAACGAGAUGGAAGAAGCGAAAUGACGAAUGACCUAAUUACACAUUGUGAAGUUUUUUUUUCAUUGCGAACUUGCACACUGUGUGUCGCCGUUGUUGUGUUGACAUGUUGUAGUUUGCAGUGAGGUCAUGGUACUUCAAUCUGGCCCCACUUUGCAGCAAGGACCUCCGGCUUGGACAGGCGUUCCAAUGCAUUUUACCAAGUAGGACGUCAGAAACUUCCCAUCUCCCAGCACUCUGGAAUGUAGCAUUAGUGUGCUAUCUUACUCUGACCUAUGUAGCAUAGCCUAGAGCUUAGCUGUGCUAAGAGACCCCAGGAAUUUAUGCACCUUAAGCCCUGACGUAUGCAAAAUUUUAUCCCACUCCUCCAAAAAAAGUGCAUUAUUAUUAUUAUUAUUAUUAUUAUUAUAUUUUAUCCCACCCCCCUACCCCCCCUUGUCCCUUACUCCAAAAGCUUUGAUUGUAUCAUCUCAACAGAAGCACUUAAUGUUGUAUUUAAAUAUAAUGAAUUGAACAAGCUCCUAUACAGCUGAAUUGAGUCUGUGAGGGGUGUCCCCUGCGCCUAAGUAAAUCAUUAUGACAUGUAGAACUACAUUUAAAGGUAGAGAUCUAUUUGAGAGACGUCAGAAUGUGAACAGAGUGGUUUCAGACAAAGAAGCACUUUGUUUUAAAAAAUAUUAAACCACACUGGACAGUCCUCUACCAGGUGAAAAAGAAAUGAAAAACUCUGAAGCACCUUCUGGAGUUAAGGCCAAAAAGAAAGAAUAAUGCUGCCCAGCAAAAGAUGGAAAUGAAUGGCAAGGUUUCCGGUAACUGCUGCCAGGCAGAGUUUCCGUCAGACUGGCCUUGCACAUUCACACAAGAACUUUGCAAUGAAGCUGAAAAGACUCCUGAUUUUCCACAUGAGGGAUUACUAGGAAUCAUUUCAGAUUUUCUUAUAAGUAAAUUUCCAAAGUGUAUUUUAAUGUGACUGGCGAUUAAGCCAGCUAGUGAAAUAAAAGGGGUGUGGCAGCAAAGCCUCAAAGGUCCCUCCAUCCUUAGGUGGUGGUUGAGCAACUGUUGUCACGACGAUAGCCCAACACUAAGAGCUGUUGCCCAGCAGAGCUCUGGUGUGUCACUUUAGACCAGCAGGAAGCACUUCCCUGCCCUCAAAGCUCCUCAGCUAAACAAGGCAGAGGUUUUAUGGGUUGGAUCACAUGACGGGAGAGAGAGACCUCAUGGCGGACCUUAAUGUGCCGCUCACAAUCUGAGACUUCUAAGAUACUGAAUUGUUUUUAUAGAGCACUUAUGUUUAUAGAGAAUGAGAUGUGUCCCCCAAAAUAGGUUUCAUCUGACAAAGAAAAUACAAGUAUUGACAUAACAAUUACUGGUAGCACAGCUGCAAAUGAAAAAGCAGUAGACUGACAGAUACAACCUGAGAGAUGCUGGCCAUGAACAUUGUAAUCUCUAGAAAUUUGGAGAGGUUCAAAUGAGCUCAUUAUGUUAAAAAAGGCAAGUCAACAAGAAGCACCUUAUUUUCUUACUAUGUUGAUGACUUACGCUCUAUCGUGUGCCACAUAAUUGACAUGGAAAAGCUCUUACAAAAUGCCGUUUCUGAAGGAAAAAACCCUGACUAUAUAUGUAAGUGUUAAUGUAGUCGUGUCAGACAUCCCCUCUGUUAUGAACUCAACCAUUACAGUGAUACGCUGACAGCCGACCCAGCGAUGAGUGUAGGCCUACGCUCAUCACACCACUGGGCCCCACCGCCGUCUCUUAUACCAACACCAAAUGAAAUCAGAGGUUUGGACUCGUUAGCCGUUAUUGGUAGGCAUUAAGCAUCCGAUACAGAGAGCCGUAGGUGUUAAUAGGUUAAGAGUAGGUAACAGCGUCGGGCUUAACACAUGACUGUAAUACACAGACACCAAGACUAGGCUAGAGAAUAUAGCUCCACUGGCCGAAAUACUAAGUCUAGAAUUACUAGGAGUCAUAUACUUAACUGCUUUCAACUUUUGACAUUAGUACAAAUGUGUAUUGCAACAGUACAUUGUUAGAAGAUGGCUUUUCAGUGGCGAGCCAGAGUGUAAUCUGUUAUACGAUGCCCUCUCUUGAUUCGCUCGCCAGAUAACACAAGCAUACACGUAAACACACACAUAAUUACACAUACACACAUAGAAGCAUAAGACACACAGACGACGCAAAUACACCACAGACAGGUAUUCAGUUGCAUCUGUUACCAGCAACAUUCUCUCUGCUUUUGUGCUGAAGUGAUUUUGUGCAGUUUCAGUUCCCAGUGGAGUGGUUGUCAGUCCAUCAGAGAUCAUUUGGUAACACAUUCUACUGAUUAUAAAAUCCCACGUUCAAGUUUGCAUGGACAGAUUAACACACGUAAGAGGUGUCGGGUAGGCACACCACAACGGUCAUCUCUACACAGUACAUUAACACAGAACACACACAAAUACAUAGAUGUUAAAACCCUGAGUUACACAGUAGCUAGUAUGGAAAAAAAAAGUCAACACAAUACAUGAUGUAGUGUCCCGCUUUUGUCCUUGUCUGUUUUAGUUCAAUAGAUAUUUGAUCAGUGAUUUUUAUGCUUGUUAUCCUAACCCCCCUGCUAUGACACUUUCUCGCCUGCCCUCCUCUCUACCCCACCGUUCGGUCACCUCUUUCUCUGCCCUCCUCCGAUCUCCCCUGUCCCUACUAUAGUACAUGCAUUCAGUCAUGCACACAAACACAUCGACAGUACAUAGACACAACACACACUUGAAGGUCUAACUGACUGCCCUCCGAUUCAGGCACUCAUUACACACAAAUGCACAUUCAUAUUUUACACACAGGUUAACCAUUCCUGUAUUUCAGUUCUCUCUUUUCACUCUUAUCACCCCCCUCUCUGUCUCUCCUUAAGCCCUAGAACCGUUUCUAUUGGCCGUUUUCUCUUUCUCUCUGGGCUGCCCCGCCCCUUAAUCAACCCAACUAACAGUAAAGGUUAUAUUAACGUUGAUAAUCAGUUUCUGUAUGUAUCUAGCCAGAGUCUGGAAAAAAAUCAGAAAAAAAAUCAAAACUGUUUUAUUCGAUUGUGCAAAUGUGUUUUUUCUUACUAUUUUUAAUGUUAUUACAUCUUCUAAUCUAAUCCUUCUACCAUUGCUUCAGUUAGUACUGAAAUACGCUUAGCCAACCUAGAGAUUUGAACUGUAAUGAUUGCGAUUUUCCUUACCUGUAUUUUAUAUGGCAUCUUUAGACCACUUCACCGUUUAUUAUGUACGUAAGUAAAUAUUGCCCGUUUUCGAAUUGAAAAUCGUCGUCUGCACUAUGUUUGGUUUUCAUAAUAUCCCUAAUAACAAUUUUGUGGUCAACGCAUUAUCAAUCUAAGCUGAUCUCUGCGCCCUUGCACAAAGCAGCGAAACAUCUCUUGUGAACACCUGAGAACCAAAGUACACCUAGAAAUCCCCUGUCCCCUCCCCUUAUAAAGCUCCGAUAGCCCCCUCCCCUAUCCCCGAUAUUGACGGUUUGCCCCAAGUAACAAGUUUUCUGAUGGAUAUGAUUAUAUAUGUAUAAUGACAUUACAGCACGAGUGAUUUUUCUGACAAGUCUGUGAGGAUAACGAUGUAUUUACGCUGUGGUUGUCGUGGAGAUGCAGACAGACAGGGAAGUCGAAAGGAAAUGUGUUUGCGGACAUUGAGUGAAUGAGCGAGUCAUCAAGUAGACGAGGGGUGUGAGAUGUUGCCUCGAUGUCAGAGGUCAGUUGUUUUUGCUCACGCUCGGAUGCUAAGUUACUUCAUUGACUGAAUCGAGGCUGUGUGAACCACUGCACAAACAUCAGAUGUACACUUUUACACAGGAAGGAAUAACAUCUGACAUAUACUUUCAGUCAUGCUGGGUUUUGGUACCCUCUUUUAUAUUUUUUUUCUUAUGUUUGUCGACUCCCCAGACUUGUAAAAAAAAAAAAAAAAAGCGACUGCAUUUUCCUCAAAACACAAAUCUGAGAUCGGUCAGCUUUCAGUUGACUUUUACUUGUGCUGAAAAAAUUUGUUCAUAGUUAAAAGAUGUGCUCAUGUGUGUAAUGUCAGCAAACUCCAAAUGCACAGGAUUGAAAUGAUUGUCAACACUAGAGCAAAGCCUUAAAAGGAAACCAGUCUUAGACCAAGUGUUGCGAGGAAAAUUCACCCGCUGGGAAAAUGAGUGUGUCCAGUGGAACAACGCCCGUGCAAAUGAGAGCAUCUUUGAAGAGCUAAACAAUGUUAAAAGAACCAAAAGUCCCAGAAUAGAAAUGUAUUAUGUAGUUUUGUAGAAGUUGAACAGUAUUAAUGUCUGUUAUACAGAAUGUAGAAAGGAAUCAUCAGAUCUGUGUUGUAUCUUUUCUGAUCUCUCUGCAGGAUUCUCACAGCAUUUUGUCCAGUUUGAAUAAAGGUCCCUAUUCUGUCUGUCUCUCUCUACACUGCCACUCCCCCCCUCAACAGCCCCCAGGCUCCAGUAUAACCCCCUACCCUCUUUGAGUUCCACUAAAGGGGCUCAACAUGAUGAUCAUUGUGGACCAUCCCUUGUCACGUUGGUCAGUAAUGCCUUCAGCAUCAUGUGUACCGAUGCACGUACUUCAAUACCCAGGGCCACCUAAAACUACCUGUGCAGCGAAAAGGGUUAAAAAUUUAUCCAUAAUACUAUUGUUAUAGAAAUAUUAUCAUCAUUAUUGCUGUUAUAAUUAUGGUUGGUAUAAUUUGUCAUCAUUGUUAGCAUUAUGGAAGCACCAGACUGUUUGUGGAAAGACGAGAAAAAGAAAGCUUUUUUUAAUUUGUCUGGUUGUUGGUGGUCUGAUCUCACAGAGGGAGGGGAGGAAAGGUUCAGAAAGAGACAAAGAUGGCAGUCAUGUUUGUACUGGUUGGGAAAUGACUUACAGUGCUGAAAUAAAAUUUAUUCUUUUAG